UAAGACGACGAAGCUACUCGAAUUCGACAUAUACCAGAGACACACAGAGGAAGAGAUUGUUGAUUCGUGUAUCCAAAAUCAUGUCGUGGUGCACCAUUGAAUCCGAUCCAGGGGUUUUUACAGAACUCAUUCAGCAAAUGCAAGUGAAAGGAGUACAGGUUGAGGAACUUUAUUCAUUGGACCUUGAGUCUCUAAACAGCCUUAGGCCUGUGUAUGGGUUGAUCUUUCUGUUCAAAUGGCGUCCUGGAGAAAAGGAUGACCGUGUUGUAAUCAAAGAUCCAAACCCCAACUUGUUUUUUGCAAGCCAGGUAAUUAAUAAUGCUUGUGCAACCCAGGCGAUCUUGUCUAUUCUUCUAAAUUCACCAGAUGUUGAUAUUGGCCCAGAGUUGACCAAAUUGAAAGAAUUUACCAAGAACUUUCCUCCUGAGCUCAAAGGUUUGGCCAUCAAUAAUAGUGAAGCCAUACGUACCGCCCAUAAUAGCUUUGCAAGGCCAGAACCUUUUGUCCCUGAAGAGCAAAAGGUUGCUACCAAAGAUGAUGAUGUUUACCAUUUUAUUAGCUAUCUUCCUGUUGAUGGGGUGUUGUAUGAGCUUGAUGGAUUAAAGGAGGGUCCUAUUAGCCUUGGCCAGUGCUCUGGUGGACAAGCCGAUAUGGACUGGCUUAAGAUGGUGCAACCUGUGAUCCAAGAGCGUAUUGAGAGGUAUUCCCAAAGCGAAAUAAGGUUCAAUCUUAUGGCGAUCAUCAAGAACAGGAAGGAGAUUUAUACUGCCGAGCUCAAGGAGCUUCAGAAGAGGAGGGAGCGAAUUUUGCAGCAGCUGGCUGCAUCGAAGUCGGAGAGACUGGUGGACAACAGCAACUUUGAGUUACUGAACAAUUCUCUCUCUGAAGUUAAUGCUGGGAUUGAAGCCGCUACAGAGAAGAUCUUGAUGGAGGAAGAGAAGUUUAAGAAAUGGAGAACAGAAAAUAUUCGUAGGAAACACAAUUACAUACCCUUCUUGUUUAACUUCCUAAAGAUUCUUGCUGAGAAGAAGCAGUUGAAGCCCCUGAUUGAGAAGGCAAAGCAAAAAACAAGCAGUACUAGUUGAAGAAUGUACUUGUUAAUCAGUUUAGACAAACAUUUUAUGUGGGUUUUUCUCCCCUGAUAUUUAAGCAUGCUCAUAUGUAUCAUGUUGAAAACUUCCUAAUUUAUUGUUUUUUGCUCUAGGAUUUAAGCAGUUGUUGAGUACUGUUGCAAACCUUUUGAUCCCAGGUUACUUGCAGUGUUCAGUUUAAGAUUCUUGAGUUCACUUUACUGGUGAAUCAUUUGUCUGGAUUCGAUAAUGUGCCUUUAAUUUUGUUUAGGGAAAAAUUUAAGCUUUAAACCAA